AUGCGGCUCGGAAUGUCGAUUCGGGUGGCCAGCCCCAACAUCGAGCCGCAUUCCAUAUUUGCACGUUGCUGCUGCAUGCUUUCGCCUCCCGUGCGCUUCACGCUGCCUCUAGUGCAGCCCCCACUUGUUACACAGCGGCAGGAGCAGCAGCACCGGGAGGAAGGAGGGAAAGAGGAGGUUUGGCUGUCAGCUUUCUCUGCUCUUCCACACGCCGGAACAUCAGCGAAGCAAGUGGAGGCCACCCUUGAUUCUACCUUUGCUCCUAGAUACGGCCCAGAUGGCGCUCUGCGUGGUGCUAGUCAGUUGGAGUGCAUGGGAGGGCGACAUGUGGAGAGGAGCCGCAGCCGUGGUGGUAGUGACCCUGAGUAUGCUCUGCGUGGCAGUAGCACCAACCCCAGUAGUGUCAUGAGCAACGGGAUCCACAAUAGCAAUGUGAUGGUGGGAGCGCGUGGCACCAACAGUAGCCUUUUCAGCAGCACUGCCACCAACUCAGCGAGCGAUGCAGGAAGGAAGAGGAAAAGCCCAGACCGCCCCACAGACCGCGCUACAGCCGCUCACAUGCAGCAGCAGCACGCCAGGCAGACCCCAAGUGAGUGCUACAGCCGGAGUGUGCUGGGGUCCACCAGUGCCUCGUAUGUGCAGCCGAACCCCGACACCGCCAUAGGCGCUCAUUCAGGGAUGUCUGUCCCAGCCAGUGCUGCCAUAGGGGCGUCUAUCAUGGGCCCUGCCAUAGUUGACCCGCAUAUCCUGGUGCCAGAGGUGAGGGAGGUGAGGGUCACCCCCUGUGAUGUGCCGGCGCAAGUGGGCGGGGUGAGAAACGAGAGUGAGAGCAACGGCCGCGAAGGCGACGCGCACGACGAGUGUGGCACGGACGACGAGUGGCUGCCUCGGUGCCAAGGCAUUUGGAGUGGUUCGGCGCCGAACCAGAGGAUCAAGAGCCGGACCAUGGUGGAGCGGGGGAGGAGGGAGAGGAUCAGUGAGGGGCUGCAGAGGCUGAGGGCGAAGGUGCGGGGGCGAGGGGACACGUGUGCGAUGUUGGAUAGAUCAGUGGGGUAUGUAGAUGCACUAGAGCGGAGAGUGGAGGAGUUAGAGAGGGUUGUGAUGGUGACUGCUGGGUCUGGGAGGAACGUUUUUCCCGGCAAUGCGUUUGCAGGUGGUGGUGCUUUUGCCAGUCGCGGUUUUGCCGAUUCUUCUGAACUGGAUAUUUAA